GUGCUCGCACGCCUCCUCCUGUCCAUCCGACAUCCCACCCGCGACGGUGAGAAGUUUUGCGACAUGCGCAUUUCCACCAAAACCAACCUUUCUGUUUCACAGCCAUGUCCACCCCCUCCACCCACGGCGAGCUGCUCUCCGAGAGCCUCCAGCGCCUCCAGCUCAGCCAGCAGGCCCGAACCGACGACGCCGAUCCGCACGACGGCGAGCACAGCGAUCAAGUCAUGUCUUUGCCGUCUCCUGGCCUAGGGAGAUCCGCGUGGAGUCCGCAUGUCCGUGAAGGGUACGGCUUCAGACCCGCUUCAGGUCAUUCCACGCCCCUGCUAGCCUCGACCUCCAGAGUGGGAGGCGACAGCCCGCUACCCGACCCAAAUGGCUUGGGGUGGCCUGCGAAGUCGACGGUGGCUCGAUUGCAUGCGACACCGGCUGAAAAGGCUGAACGAGAACAGAAACUCGUCGGGGCCGUCCGCACCAUUCUCGAAUGCAUUGGCGAGGAUCCCGACAGGGAAGGCCUCCUGAAAACGCCAGAGCGUUAUGCCCAGGCGCUCAUGUGGAUGACUCGUGGGUACGAAGAACGCCUCGCAGAUGUCAUCCACGAUGCUAUUUUCGCUGAAGAUCACGAAGAGAUGGUCAUAGUUCGGGACAUUGACAUCGCGAGCUUAUGCGAGCACCAUCUCGUUCCAUUCAUGGGGAAGAUCGCAAUAGCGUAUAUCCCCAACAAUCUUGUGCUUGGCCUAUCGAAGCUGGCGCGCAUCGCUGAGACCUUUGCCCGACGCCUGCAAGUCCAGGAGCGCCUCACCAAACAAAUUGCGCUUGCUGUCCAGGAAGCAAUUAAGCCUCGUGGUGUCGCCGUUGUAAUGGAAGCGACGCAUCUUUGCAUGACGAUGCGCGGCGUCCAGAAGCCAGGUUCUAUGACCGUCACGUCAUGCAUGCUCGGAUGUUUCCGCACACAACAAAAAACUCGCGAAGAGUUUUUGACACUCAUUAAAGGUCGCUGAGUGGUCGCACUGGUCAUCCGACAGCCCCACGAUUCAACUCGGAUAUGAUUCAACUCAUCAAUCAUCUUGCAUCUCCCCUCAGUUCAACAUUGCAUUAUCCUUAUACUUUGAGAUCACACAAGUUCAAACCAGCUGUACGACUAUUGUGGAUUCUGGAUCAAGCUAAGCCAAUAAUGAUACAGUAUCA